UGUUGUCACCCCUCCCCGCCUCAUCCCGUCCGCCAGCCCUUGGGAAGUCACUUGAACCUCCCCGGUUUCAUCCCUGGUUGAUCUAUUGAGGACACAGGACACGGCUUCUCCUGGGCACUUGGGACAGGGGCAGGCAGGAGCUGAGGGGGCAGAGGUGGAGGGAAGAAGGGGUUUCUCCCCCCCACCCUUCCCCUUCCCCAGCGCUGUGAAAGGCGGUGGCGGCGCAGCUUAAAAAUAGCCAGGCUUGGUGCAAGCCAGGAGGCACCCCCCGCGCCCGCCCGCCCGCCCGCGGCGAGGAGACCAGACUGCAGAGAGAGACGUGCUUUCGCGAGAUGCUUUCGCCCUCCUGGAGGAAGGGGAGCCCCGGCAGGGUGAAUAUGGCACUGAUGGGGAAGACCUCUGAUGGGACCCUCAAUAGCUCCAGACCAGACCAGUGGCAUACAGCUCUUCCUCAGAAGGAUGAAAUCAUCACCAGCUUAGUAUCUGCCUUAGAUUCAAUGUGUUCAGCACUUUCCAAACUAAAUGCCGAAGUAGCCUGCAUUGCUGUUCAUGAUGAAAGUACCUUUGUUGUUGGCACAGAGAAGGGGAGAAUCUUUAUGAACUCAAGGAAAGAGCUGCAAACAGAUUUUCAGAAGUUCUGCCGAGGUCAGCAGAGGAAAGAGCAGGACGCAGAUAUCCAGAAGAAGGCAAAGGACUGUGGCCGGAGCAUAAUCCGGGUUUCCCCGGAUCAGGGAUCAGACGUUUACCUCCUCAGGAAGAUGGUAGAGGAAGUGUUUGAUGUGCUUUAUAGUGAAGCCAUAGGGAAGAGCAGCGUGGUGCCCCUGCCAUAUGAGAAGUUCCUAAAAGAGCCAGGAUUGCUGUUGGUUGCUGGCUUGCCGGAGGGGAUCAGCUUUAAAAAGCCAGUGGAGUACGAUGUGAAAUCUCUGAUGGCGAUUUUAGAGCACAGCCAUAGCAUCCGGUUCAGGCUAAAAAGGCCAGCGGAUGAAUCCAGCAGAGAGCCGAACCCUAACGUAGAGUUGAAUUGUACUUCCCUAGCGUCCAAGGGCAGUCGGGAUUCCUGUCUAAAUAACCAGAUCACUAAACCAGCCAAUCAAGACUGUCCCUCCAGUGUAGCCAUGACCAAUUUCUUAUAUGGUGUCUCGCUGCCUACGCAGAUCACCAUGGACCUAAAGCAGGAGGUGUCUUCCAGUCUGCACGGGGCGAAUGCAAGCAACGAGAUUUUGAUGCCCAGGCCCUCAGGAGAUCUGAAGGUGCCUUCCUCACAGGAGUACAGCGACUGCUGUGGACAGAAAUCAUCAGUCCCUGGUGGGCCACUCAUCCAGAACGUGCAUUCAUCCAAGCGUAUCCUCUUCUCCAUAGUCCACGACAAAACAGAUAAAUGGGACAGUUUUAUAAAAGAAACCGAAGAUAUCAACACCCUUAGGGAGUGCGUGCAAAUUCUGUUUAACAGUAGAUAUGCUGAAGCUUUAGGUUUGGACCACAUGGUUCCUGUGCCAUACCGGAAGAUUGCCUGUGACCCAGAGGCAGUAGAAAUAAUUGGGAUCCCUGAUAAAAUACCAUUCAAACGACCCUGUACCUACGGUGUCCCCAAGCUCAAAAGAAUACUGGAGGAAAGACACAACAUCCACUUCGUCAUUAAAAGGAUGUUUGAUGAGAGGAUUUUUACAGCUGUGGAACUGGGACCAGGAAGUAAAUUUACCAAAGAUCCAACCAAGCUGGAGCCGUCCAGUCCAUCUGAGGAAAUCUCUCCAGAACCACACCGAAUGGCCAUUCUGGACUUGGCAGGGACUUCUCAGGCUAAUAACAGGUCAGAGAAGUGUAGCGUACCUGAAAGCUGCGAACCAGGUACCUCAGGAGAACUGAGUGGGAUCCGACAAAUCAAAAUAGAGCCAGAUGAGCUGGACAUCAUUCAGAUCACCGUGCCAGACCGGUCGCCCAGUUCCGAUGAAAUCCAUGAGCCCGUGACCAGCCACCUGACUUCAAGUGAUUCCAGCUACAUGCUAGAAGCAGUAACAGGUACAGAUAAGGGGACCACUGAGGAGCCACGACAUGAAGACAAGCAGAUGGAAGACGGAGUAGGGGAUGUCUUAAGUCAUUUGAGGAAACAAGUUGAAAUUUUGUUCAACGCAAGAUACGCUAAAGCCAUAGGAAUUUCAGAGCCUGUGAAAGUCCCCUAUUCCAAGUUUCUGAUGCAUCCAGAAGACCUCUUUGUCGUGGGCUUGCCUGAAGGCAUCUUACUCCGACGUCCCAACUGCUUUGGGAUUGCAAAGCUGAAAAAGAUAUUGCAAGCUAGCAACAACAUCCAGUUUGUCAUUAAAAGACCAGAACUUCUCGCGGACGGAAUUAAGGAGACUGCUUCUGACAGCCCAGGAGCUAAAGCAGCCAGCGAGAGAGACUCCAGUGACUCUCUGGUGGAUGAGGCUGCAAAGAGACAGGGCUUUCAAGAAAAUUAUGAUGCCAGGCUUUCCAGAAUAGAUAUUGCUAACACGCUAAGGGAACAAGUCCAGGAUCUGUUCAAUAAGAAAUAUGGUGAGGCCUUGGGGAUCAAGUACCCAGUACAAGUGCCAUACAAGCGGAUUAAAAGCAAUCCCGGGUCAGUGAUUAUCGAGGGGCUGCCUCCUGGAAUCCCGUUCAGGAAACCGUGCACCUUUGGCUCCCAGAACCUGGAGCGAAUAUUAGCCGUGGCUGAUAAAAUCAAGUUCACUGUAACAAGGCCUUUUCAAGGACUCAUCCCCAAACCUGUGUCCUCACAAGUAUCAGAAGCCCCUAGACGGAUAACAUCAUUGGAAAAAGCGUACGCUGCUUUGAAUGACGAGGACGACGCAAACAGGCUCGGAGAGAAGGUGAUUCUCCGAGAGCAAGUGAAGGAGCUUUUCAAUGAAAAAUACGGAGAAGCUUUGGGCUUGAAUCGGCCAGUCAUGGUGCCAUACAAAUUGAUCAGGGACAGCCCUGAUGCUGUUGAAGUUACUGGUCUGCCAGAUGAUAUCCCUUUUAGAAACCCCAACACCUAUGACAUCCACCGGCUGGAGAAAAUCCUAAAAGCUCGAGAGAAUAUCCGGAUGGUCAUUAUAAACCAGCUUCAGCCGUUUGCUGAAAUAUGCACCGAGGCCAAACAGACAGAAAAAGACAACAGUGUUCCCAAGCGAAAGCGGAAGAGGAUCUCCGAAGGGAACUCAGUAUCUUCCUCAUCCUCGUCCUCCUCCUCGUCCUCUUCCAAUAUGGAGUCCACAUCAUCAACAAAUCAGAUCUCACUUGUGCAAUGGCCCAUGUACAUGUUAGACUAUGGUGGUCUAAACGUCCAGAUCCCGGGACCGAUUAACUAUUAGACCUCAAUACUGAAUCAGCACCUCAAAUAAAAGAGUAAAUAAAUAAAUGUAAUUUAUGUAAAAAGUGUAUAUUCUAAUAUGUAUCAAUGCCUUUUAGUUUUUCCAAUGAUUUUUACACUAUAUUCCUGCCAUCAAGGCCUUUUUAAAUAAAAAUAAAAAGUGUUGCCUUGCUCUUAAA